AUGCUUGUGUUUACCGUACGCCCUAGGGUGUUGCGAUUGUUACCCCGUGAAUUGAUUAAAUCCACGAGCAGGACUUUGAAAAAGGAGUCUUCUUCUCAGUUGAUGUUGCCUCAACAAGGUCAAGCUCGCCAGGCAAGUAGUACAACUCGAACUCCAAGAAAAAGACGCAACAUGCGCAAUCUAAACGUGGCUUUUGUUUCCGGCAUUUUGGUGGUUGCUUCCUACGUUUCCAUCACCAAUCAGGGGAAAAAUUACCUUUCAGACACAGGUGGAGCUGCUGUGGGUGCUGCGAGCAACUUAAGAAACGGAGUCUCUGGAACUCUUGGAGCCUUCUUCAGUACUUCUUCGCAGGAAGGUUCAUCCCAAUCGUCUGAAAAGUCUGGCGUAUUCAAGCUGUCUGAUGAAGAAAUUUCGGCCAGGCUGAGGCGCAUGGAGGAAAGUUAUACAGUGAACCGUGGUAAGGGAGUAGUAAGAUAUGAUGUCAGUCAGUUGCCAAGUAACAACCCAAUCGAAGACGAUCGAGCUGAACGAAUGGUUGAGGUUAGAUACAGAGAUACCGAAUCACCAUCUGACAAAAGCAAGGCAAUUGCUGAUCCCGGUGCCGGUGAAGUGCCUGCCGACUGGAUGCUGUGGGGUGUCUUCGAUGGUCAUUCAGGCUGGAAUACUUCCGCUACUUUACGCGAUCGAUUACUGGAUUAUGUGGUAGAGGAGCUAAGUAAUGUGUUCCGCUUAGGUGACCGUGGACCGGCCGCUCGUACUGUACCUUCAAGUGAUGCGAUUGAUCGUGCCAUCAAAGCCGGAUUUACAAAAUUGGACGAUCAAAUCGUAAACAAAUCAGUAGAGAAAUUGUUCUCGGGAACUCCCAAAGUUUCUGCUCCGGAACUGUUGAUGCCUGCUUUGACAGGUUCGUGUGCAUUGGUUGCAUUCUAUGACACUCAUUUACGUGAACUCCGAGUGGCAUUAACCGGUGACUCUAGAGCAGUUCUAGGGUCCUUGGGAGCUGACGACAAGUGGACUGCGACUGCUUUGACAGUCGAUCAAACUGGAAGCAAUCCUUCGGAGGCCGCACGAUUGGCUGCUGAGCACCCAGGUGAGCCUAACGUUGUAAGAAAUGGACGUAUCCUGGGAUCUUUAGAACCAUCUCGUGCCUUUGGUGAUGCUAGAUACAAAUGGGCAAAGGAUAUUCAAGAUAGAGUUUGUCGUCAAUUUUUGGGACGAACUCCUCCCCCUGCUUUGAAAACACCACCUUAUGUCACUGCCGAGCCGGUUGUGACUUCUGCACGAAUCCGCCCAGGAAAGAAAGAUUUCUUGGUUUUAGCAUCUGAUGGACUUUAUGAAUUGUUAUCCAACGAAGAGAUUGUAGGUUUAGUCGUACGUUGGAUGGAGAAAACGGGAAUGGUUCCUCCACCAUCCAAAUCAUUGAAGGAGAAAUUAUUGGGAGGAAGGGGUCAAUCAUCGACCCUGACUCCAGUUAUUGAUACAAGUGACGCUUCUACCAAAUCGUCUCAACGUCCUCCUAUCAGAAGGUCCUCUCAAACAGCAACUGGUUCUCGUCCCACUUAUUUGUUGGAAGACUCUAAUGUUGCUACACACUUGAUUCGUAAUGCUCUCAGUGAUGGGGGGUCUCCAGAAAAUGUAUCUAUGCUAUUGGGAAUUCCUUCUCCAUUGUCUAGGCGUUAUAGAGAUGAUCUUACUGUAACGGUGGUAUUCUUUGGAGAAAGAGAUGAAGUAGGCGGCGAUACGGCACUCUCGGUUCAGUUGACUCCCGAUGCUACGCUUGGACUACAGCCUAAGCCAAAGCUUUAG